GCGGCUCGCAGUAGCGCUAGCAUCUCGCCGUGCUCCCGUAACUAGUCGGCCUAUUCUUUCUUUUUUUUUCCUACCGAAUUUACAGUGAUAGUUCAGAGCUCAGAACACUGUGGGAUGGCGCACAAAAUGUCGGCGGAAGCGGAAUCGAGCCAAUUUCUAACAUGGAAGGCUUCUUUCGUUCCUCAACGCCUCGCAAAGAGGAAGAAACUCGGCGAUGCAUGCUACUGCAAGCUGCAUCUACGCCGUACAAGAAACUGCAUAUUUGGUGUAGGCGUGCUGUAACUCGCAAAAACAGUGAGCUUCCUAUGAUGUCGAGCUUGAGCAUGCUGGAGGAGUCUGAGGGCGGCGUGCCCGAGGUGGACGCCGAGGUACUGGCCAGCCUGCAGGCCCGGGGUGCCACCUUCGUGUUCCUGGACGUGCCGGCCGGCACCGAGUUCGGCAUGAACAUGUCCACACACACAGUGGGUGACAAUUUCCGUGGCGUCAAGCUCAUCCCCGCGGGCGUCCACUUCAUCCACUACAGCGCCGUCGGCCGCAGCGGCAACUCCGCUCCCCGGACGGGCUUCUUCCACCACUUCGCGCAAGGCGAGCUGCUCGUCAAGAGGUGGGACAAGGCGGCCGAGGACAUAUCCUCGGUGCCCAUUUCUGCGGAAGAAAAGGAGCGCAUCCGUGCCAACCUGACUGGCGACCUAGACAGGUACCUGGGGGUGUUCUCGUAUAGCGAGUGGUCUCGCUGGAUCUCGCUCAGCAAGCACAUCACGAGGGAGGUGGUGGCACGGCUGCAGCCCGAGAGCAAACUCAUCUGCUCGGCCACGCCGUUCGAGUCGCAACCCUUCUGCUCGCACCGAGGACGCCGGAAUUCGGAAGGACAUGCUGAUAGUGCUGCCAUAGACACGGAAGACAAGGAGGCGGACAUUGCCGCCAAGGCAGACAAGCUGGUCGAGCUGAAGGAACUGCCAGAAUUCAUGAUACGCUACACACCGUUCCCCAAGAGGCGGCACCCCAGCAACGCCACGCCUGCCGAGAUCACCAGGCAUGGCAUGGACUCGAGCUACGUCCUCGAAAGCCUGCUGUCCGCGUGGCCGCAUGAGCGCGACCUCCUCGGCGAGCUGCAGUUUGUCUUCGUUUGCUUCCUGGUGGGCCAUGUCUACCCAAGCUUUGAGCAGUGGCAGAGGCUGGUCAGUGCCUUCUGCACGAGCGCGGAGGCCGUCAACCGCCACCCGGACCUCUACUCGGAGCUGCUCUCAGUGCUCCACUUCCAGCUGCGGGAGGUGCCCACGGACUUCUUCGUCGACAUUGUGGCGCGCAAGAAUUUCGUGACAGAUGCCCUGAGCGCUCUGUUCCGGAAUGUUGCGGACUCGGACGAGCCGGAUGUAGGUCCGGCGUCUCUGAAGAAGAAGGCCUUCCGCUUCAAGACGAGCCUCGUUGAGCUGAUGGGCUGGAGCUUUGACGAAGAGGAGCCUGACGAAGAGCGUCCAGUCGUGGUGGAACUGGACGACGUAGACUGAGCUGGGUUGUGUCGCUACCAAACUGCCGGAGGUGUGGACGACGUUGGCGUAGGGUUGCUCAGACGUUUUGUACUCGUGUUUGGUGCAGGGACUGGUUUGGGUGUCUUGCCGAUUGUUGGAAAAGUGGGCCGUCAGACAACAACAUAGUCCAGCUAAGUCUUUUCUCUUCGGAUCGCUCUCCUUGCGACAGCUGAGCAAGUUUUGUUACGUAACACUCGACAAACCAUUCUGCAACGACAUGUAAGGGACCGUUCUUCGGCUUCCUCUGGGAAAAUGCUACCACGAGAAAAUGAACAGUUUGCAUGUUCCAUAAAAGUUUGGUGAGCACUACA